UUGCUUGAUCGGAAUGAGAAAGCACGAUGUGUAAUUUCUAUAGUGGGUAUGGGUGGGCUAGGCAAGACCACCCUGGCAAUAAAAGUGUAUAAUAACCCUGCAAUUAAAAAACAUUUCGAUACCUUUGCUUGGGUUUCAGUUUCUCAGAGCUACCGAGGUAUCGAGCUAAUGAAGGACAUCCUGCAAAAAGUAAAGGGAAUCAAACAGAGGAAAGGAGACUUGGAGCAAAUGGAUGAACAAGAAGUGAGAGAGAAGCUCCGUGAUUUCCUAAGAGACACAAAGUAUUUGGUCGUGUUGGAUGAUGUAUGGGGUGUUGAUGUUUGGAGACAAAUGCAGCGAGUCUUUCCUGAUCAGAACAAAGGUAGCAGAAUACUGCUUACUACACGCAACAUUGAGGUUGCAAGAGAUGCCCAGCCAUGGAUUCCUCCACAUGAACUGCAGCUUUUAGAUGACACGGAGAGCUGGCAACUCUUUUGUAGGAAGGCAUUUCCACCAAAUCAAGAUGUCCCAACUGAGUUGGAGGCAUUGGCCCAUAAGCUUGCAAAGAAGUGUGGUGGACUUCCUCUUGCACUGGUGGUGUUAGGGGGCCUUAUGUCAAGGAAAGAUCCUAGCUACGAUACGUUUGAAAUAGCUCAGAGCAUGAACUGGGCAUCUACUAGAGAUGGGAGGGAAUGCCACAAUAUAUUGGGUUUAAGUUACAAUGACUUGCCAUAUCCGUUAAAACCAUGUUUUCUAUACAUCGCUGCAUUUCCAGAGGACUCCAUUAUCUCUCUCUCCAAAUUAGUUAGGUUGUGGGUCGCCGAAGGUUUCAUACUGCAAGAGCAGCGACAGACAAUGGAAGACACUGCAAGGGAUUGGUUGGAAGAGUUGGUGCAGAGGUGCUUGAUCCAGGUUGCCCAGAGAAGCAAGGCUCGUGGGCGGGUUAGCAACAUACGCAUCCAUGAUCUGUGGCGCGACUAUGGCCUUGAAAAAGCCAAAAUGGAUGAAUUUCUUCAUGUUUGCAGUAGUGACGACAUGGCAGGAUCUAAUGGUAUAUCGACUCACCGUGCAGCUUUCUACAAUCGUAUAAAUGACGAGGUUGCUGUUUCCUCACCGCGUCUCCGCAGUUUGCUGGGCUUCAGUUUAAUUUUGACUAAUGUGGGAAGAUCUUUGAAUGGGUUAAAUUUAUUAAGGGUGCUGGAUCUGGAGGGUGCAGAGGAUUUGGAAGAGUUACCGAAGCAGAUCGGCAGCAUGAUUCAUCUACGAUACCUGGGAUUCAGAUACACUGAUUUGAAGAGGCUGCCAUCCUCCAUCCGACAUCUCCUGAAUCUGCAGACACUGGAUGUGAGAGGCACAAAAAUUUAUUCGCUUCCGAAAUCAUUUUGGAAAAUUCGGACGCUGAGGCACGUAUAUAUUAAUAUAUAUAUGUUUCUAAGCGCACCGAUAACUGUGGAUCACAAGAACUUCCAGACUCUGGAAAUUAGGGAGUUUGAAUUUGAUAUGGAUGUUACGGAGAUCGUCUGUUCACUAGGCAUAAGAUUCAACAAAAAUUGUAUUGCUACACCGAGCUUUACAAGAGAGGCGAUUGACAAAGCAUGUGAGAGAAUGUUUGCAAAAUCACUCGGAAAAGCACUCGAGCAAAUGGACAGUCUUGUGUCAUUGGCUUUGAUUUUGCCCGAACGUAUAAUCUCUGGGGAUGUCUUUUUCGCUCGUGCACCAAACCUGCACCAACUCCGUUCAUUGACACUGGAUGGAUGGUUGGUAUUUAAACAACAGCAGCAGCUCCCAGACAACAAUCAAUUCCCUCCAAACCUCACCAAGCUCAUAUUAAGAGAAUCUGGAUUGGAGCAAGACCCAAUGCCGGUGCUCCAGACGCUACCAAACCUCAGGCUUCUUGAAUUGAAUCGGAAUUCAUAUCUUGGGAAGAUCAUGUCAUGUUCUUCUGUUGGUGGCUUUCCUCAACGACUGCAGCACUUGAUAUUAUUGGAACUCCUAAAUUUAGAGGAAUGGAUAGUGGAGUUGUUGAGUGUGCUGUUUGUUGGAAAAUAG